CAUCACUAGUACUAUUAUUAUUAUCUUCUUUAAUUCCAAACUAUGCACACUUGUAUCAUUUCUCCAUUACAAAAUUGCAAAUACAACUUUUUUUUAACAUUGUUCCCUGUUUGUUUCCUCACAAUUCUACCCUGAAGUCAUCCCUUCCCAAUUCCCAUUCAAAAAGUCUUUCUCUAGCGCCAUUUUCUAAUCCUACUAACAUUCUCUCUCCAAACACAACUUUAUCACUAUGCUUCCUAAUCCUCACCCUUUUGGGGUUUUGUUGAUUUUGUAAAAAUUAAGCCCAAAGUUUGAAUCUUUAACACUUGGGUUCUUUUUUUUUUUUUUUGAAUUUUCUUCUUUUGAUAACCCUUUUCUUCAAAUUUUUUAAUUUUUUAAGGGUUUCUUGUGCAAUUGGAGAUAAUAUUAUACAAGGACUGGGUCAAAAUUCAGUUUUUAUUUUUUGGGUAGUUGAAAUUUUGGUAUAUGAGAAUGUUUGGUGUUUGAUGAAUGACAAAGAAGAUGAAUAAUUGUUGGUGGAGGAAUGGGUUUUUUCCAUGGAGGAUUCUGGUUUUUAUAGGAAUUUUUCAGCAGAAUUCCAUCUUUUGUUUGUCUCUUAACCUUGAAGGAAUUGCUCUGUUAGAAUUUAGAGAUAGGGUGGUGAAUGACCCAUAUGGAGCUUUGUCAAGUUGGAGUAAGGAACAUGGAGAAACUCACCCUUGUUCUUGGUUUGGAAUUGGAUGUUCUGGUGGGCAUGUGAUUUCCCUGAACUUGAAUAACCUUUGUCUCGAGGGAACAUUGGCACCCGAACUUCACCAUCUGCUGCACAUAAAGUCCAUCAUAUUACGGAACAAUUCCUUUUCCGGAAUCAUUCCCAAAGAACUGAAAAAUCUGAAAAAAUUGGAGUUGCUAGACUUGGGUUACAAUAACUUUUGUGAACCUAUUCCUCAUGGAUCUGAAUUCAACAUCCCAAUUCUUUUAUUAGACAACAAUGGACGAUCCUGCUGCAUAACUUCUGAACUUGAAAAACGUACGAUGUUUUCUGUAGUUGUUCGAGAUGAGAACCAUUUGGCAAGUUUUGUGAAAGGAUUACUUUAUGCCAGGCAUAAUUAUCAUGCAAAAGAUGCAAGACGUCGAAGGAUACUACAACAUCAGCACAUGACUAACUCCGAAAGUCCUUCUAUACAAUCGGGCGGGACACAGUCUCUAGAUAAUAUCCGUCCUGCACGUUCAUCUCAAAAUCAAGGAAUCGACCAAUCUCCACAAACUCCUAUCAAACCUAACAGUCCUGAAACACCGAGUCCAUCUAAUCUAUCCAAAACACCACAACCAUCACCACCCAUACAGUCACCGCAAAAGCCUACUACCUCUAAUUCGAACUCGCCUCCUCCGUCUGCUACACUAUCGUCAGGAACCUCCAAAAUUCCAAUAGCAAUUGGAGCUGUGGGUGGAUUCAUUGGUUUGAUCUUAGUCAGCUUUAUACUAUACCUCGUAAGGAGCCGCACGAUCAAAAGGGCAACAAGCUUAAGUCAGAGAGCAUUUGUUGCAGGUAACGAUAAAUCAGAUGGACUCAGCCGUGAUAAAGCAAGCUUUAUUGAAGGAAUGCCGAAUCUGAAGAGAUCCGAGCUUGUUACUGCUUGUGAAGAGUUCAGCAAUGUCAUUGGAUCAUCAUCUAUCGGUACCAUAUACAAAGGAACACUUUCAAAUGGAGUUGAAAUAGCUGUUAUAUCUCUGGCUGUAACUUCAGCCAAGGACUGGUCUAAAAAUUUGGAGACACAGUUCAGGAAGAAGGUUGAGGUUUUAUCGAAAGUGAACCACAAAAAUUUUGUCAACCUGUUAGGUUACUGUGAGGAAGAAGAACCGUUUACCAGAUUGAUGGUGUUCGAAUAUGCCCCAAAUGGCUCGCUUUUUGAGCAUUUGCACAUAAGGGAAGCUGAGCACUUAGAUUGGGGUAUGCGACUGCGGGUCGCAAUGGGAAUGGCGUACUGUCUCGAGCAUAUGCACCAAUUAACACCACCCGUGACUCACCCAAAUCUCAACUCAUCAUCUGUAAACCUCUCCGAAGAUUAUGCUGCAAAAAUCUCUGAUUUCUGUUUCUGGAACGAAGUGGCUGCUCCACGCGUUCAGCCUAUCACGAACUGCUUAAGCACUUUAAGUAUGACAUCCAUCAGUCCCGAGAGCAAUGUUUACAGCUUCGGCUUGGUUCUCCUCGAGAUGAUGACAGGUCGGAUUCCGCAUUCUUUGGAAAAGAACUCGCUCGAUGAUUGGGUAUUGGGGUACAUGAGUGGGGACCAACCUCUUCGAGAACUUAUUGACCCUAUGUUACGACAUUUCAAUGUCGAGCAGCUCGAUAAACUUAGUGAAAUAAUUAGAAAAUGUCUUCACUCGGAACAAAAUAGACCGACAAUGAAAGAUGUUGCGGCAAAAUUGAAGGAAGUAACCGGUAUCAAUCAAGAUAAAGCAGUCCCGAGAUUCUCUUCCCUUUGGUGGGCGGAGCUUGAUGCUCGAUCUGCAAACGGAACCUAGAAGAUAUAGUUCAAGGUUGUGAAGUAUGAAGGUUGUGAAAAUAUUUUCAUAAUGUUUUGGUGUAAUUUAUGUUUUGAAGAACAAAGGCAGGUACAUCAUCCACAGUACUGAUGUUUUUGCUGCUUGUUUGUGUCUCAAAAUGUAAAAUUGUAGCAUAAAUUCUUAUCUCACUUGUUAUAGUACAAAUAUGGCAUAUGUUAAAGUUUCUAAGGUUCAUGAAUGUUUAUGAAGUAUAUUGAAGUAUUUUUAUUUGGGAGAUUUUCAAAAAAAAGAAA